GCCCUGUAGUAGCUCUCUCUUUCUCUCUCUCUCUCCAGUGGCCCCAGCAUGGACACAGGAUGGCUACACUUCUGUGGACUCCUCUCCUCCUGUGUGGUGGCUGACUUGGCCCUGACCCCUGACCUCCCUCAGCCUCACGAACAGCUCAUCUCACUGGACUUCGACAGCAGUGAUGGUGUCCUCUGUGUGGAUCUGCCCUCUGUGGGUUUUCAGCUUGGACUAUCACCAUGUGCAGGCUCCCUUUGAGAUCGGGCUGAGGAUCAUGCUGGCCUCACUGGCCAAACUGGGUUUCCACUGGCCUGGUUGUGUCCCUGCUGUUGUCCCAGAAAGCUGUCACCAUCUAGGUUGGCCUCCUGGUGGGAGGUGUGAUAGAUGUUGUCCGUCUCCACUCGUCUGGCUCUCCUUCUUCCUCUCUCUGCUCCCACCAGUCAUCCUGGAAGCAGGUUACUUCCUGCCAGAGAGGCUUUUCUUUGAAAAUCUCAGAAUGUCCUUUACAAAGUAUGCAGUACUGAGAACUUUAUGGAACGUGCUGGGCAUUGGGCUGUCUCUGUACAGUGUGUGUGUGUGUGUGUGUGUGUGUGCGCUGGCCCAAAAUUCUCUGGGAGACAUCCCGCUGCUUUAUUGCCUGUUCUUUGGCUCUAUGAUAGCCGCUGUCCACCCUGUGAGAUGCCUCCUUAAUGGCAGUUGGUGGUCCUCACCUCAUUCCAGAGCUGACAUCAUUGCCCUACUCUUUGUCUUCCUCUACUCCUACCUGUCCUACCUGACCUCAGAAAUGCUUCACCACAGCCUGCCUCUGUUGCUGACUGCAGUGGUGAACAAGCUACAGAAGAACUCUGUGACAUAA